AGUCCAGCCCCCUUUGUAAACUGCGCAGCUUGCAGGGCUCGGUAUGACUGGCGGGAAUUCGUUUCUUAAGACCUACUGUCCCAACAAGGAGUCCGAGCCCAGGAUGGACGUGGACAUGGACUCGAGUCGAACCGAAAGUGAGCGGGGAGAUCUGGACAACAGUCUCCCGGCUCCGUGCUCCUCAAACGGCAGCGGUGGAGAGGAGGACGAAGUGGAGAGCCUGGGCAGGCCGAGGCAAGCCGGGGUCUCGAGUAAUCGGCUUACCCCGAACGGAGGCGUGGUUCUCAGCGGCAGGGAGCAGGAGGUGUCUGUGGAAAUCGGAGAAACGUAUUUGUGUCAAAGAGCGGAUAAAACAUGGCACACAGCCGAGGUGAUUCAGUCUCGCCUGAACGAGCAGGAGGGUCGGGAGGAGUUCUACGUUCACUACGUGGGCUUCAACAGGCGGCUGGACGAGUGGGUGGGUAAAUCCCGCCUGGCUCUCACCAAGACGGUGAAGGAUGCAGUGAGGAAGAGCAGCGAGGUGGGAGGUGUCGGGGAUCUGGGUGAACAGCCGGAGAGGAAAAUCACGCGCAACCAGAAGAGGAAGCAUGAUGAGAUCAACCACGUACAGAAGACGUACGCAGAAAUGGACCCGACGACGGCGGCGCUGGAGAAGGAGCACGAGGCGAUCACCAAAGUGAAAUACGUGGAUAAGAUCCAGAUUGGGAACUUUGAGAUCGACGCCUGGUACUUCUCCCCGUUCCCUGAAGAUUAUGGCAAACAGCCCAAACUGUGGAUCUGCGAGUACUGCCUUAAAUACAUGAAGUACGAGAAGACCUUCAGAUAUCACCUGUCUCACUGUCAGUGGAGGCAGCCUCCAGGAAAAGAGAUUUACCGAAGGAGCAACAUCUCAGUGUUUGAGGUGGACGGGCGAGACCACAAGAUCUACUGUCAGAACCUGUGCCUACUAGCCAAGCUGUUUUUAGACCAUAAGACGCUUUAUUUUGACGUGGAGCCGUUCAUCUUCUACAUCCUGACUGAAGUCAACAAACAGGGAGCGCACAUUGUCGGCUACUUCUCCAAAGAGAAGGAGUCUCCGGACGGGAACAACGUGGCAUGUAUCCUCACGCUGCCGCCUUACCAGCGCCGAGGCUACGGGAAGUUCCUCAUCGCGUUCAGUUACGAGCUGUCGAAGCUGGAGAACUCGGUGGGUUCUCCAGAGAAGCCUCUGUCUGAUCUGGGCAAACUGAGCUACAGGAGUUAUUGGUCCUGGGUCCUGCUGGAGAUCUUGAGGGACUUCAGAGGAACGCUGUCCAUCAAAGACCUCAGCCAGAUGACCAGCAUCACUCAGAGUGACAUCAUCAGCACGCUGCAGUCUCUCAACAUGGUGAAGUACUGGAAGGGCCAACACGUCAUCUGCGUGACGCCCAAACUGGUGGAGGAGCACCUGAAGAGCGCCCAGUACAAGAAGCCCCCCAUCACAGUGGACACGGUGUGUUUGAAAUGGGCGCCUCCAAAAAACAAACAAGUCAAGUUGUCCAAGAAGUGAGGAGAUAUCCGCAUGUGUCCCAGGAUGUUUAUAUUUGUACAUUUCUUCUAAUAAA